AUGCUGCCGCCGUCCGCGGUGCACCUUCUUUACGACGAGCCAGCUGGUCCUCUGUCAGCGGCGCAUGCUGCGUCGGGGCCCGCUGCCGCACGGCACUCCCACCCCGUCAGCAACGCCCGCGCAGGUGGGAGGCUGGAGUGCCCCGUGCGCCGCCGGCCGAUCGCCGUGGCACGCAUGCAGCAUCGCCUCCAAUCGGCGCACGCAGGUGGCAGCGCCGCGCUCACAGCCGCCGCCCCUCCCGCCGCCGUCAACACGGACACGCAGCGGCGCACUCGUCCCACCGCGGUUCCGCGAGUGCCGGUGUGUGCAGCCCGCCGUUGCGCUCUCUCUCCACUGCUGUGGGCGUCCUUCACCGCGUCCGCACUCACCAUCCCGUUAUCCCGAGACGGACUGUGA